AUGGUCUACGGUGUCGUUGCUACGAAGAUUUGUAGUUUCACAAUCAGUAGUCCACGAGAAGGAAGGAGGCGUCAAGAAAGUUGGGGAAAUCGGGAGGAGGGUAUCAUGAGCAUAUUAGCCCACAGUAGCGCCACAGCUAGUGUUAGCGUGCGGAAGAAACGGCAUGUCCGUAUGCACCUCACCUCACAUCGCUUGUCUCAUAUCGGUGCAAUCGACACCAACGAGCAGAGUCGCGGUUUGGAAGUCGACGACUUGGAUGAGUCUUGA